AUGGACAAGAGCAGCAUUGAAGAUAAGGCAUUUGUGUCUGAAGCCUUUUUGGCUAACAUCCCCGGCAGCAAAGCUCUGGCAAAGGUUUCGUGCCGUUGGAGGCUUUCCGAACCAGCGACAGGCGUAGAUACCCAAAAAUAUUUUCACUCUCUUGAUCUUCUCAUGCGGAUGGAAGUUGUUCAUUAUGAAAAUAACACAAACGGAAGCUUUGUUUCGUAUGCCACUGGCACCGCCAUGGAGAAUCUCGUCCACGCGUGCUACAAAAUGCAGGAGGCAUCAAAAACCAAUCAAACAGAGAUGGCAGUAAAGGUUAUAACUGUCCCUCACGAUGGAUACUUGUGUAGGAGCGAUAUUAUUGAAUUGAGAAUGCGGGAUUCUGCAUCGGUUGGCUCCGUCGUUCGGUUCCCAGCCUCCUCUGGCGGCCAUUUUUCAUCUAUGGAUGUGACCCAGCGCAACAAAAGCAAUCUUCUUACUCUAUUAUCUUCGGCACCUGGAGCAUUGCUUGCGAAGCAGACUCUAACACCAGACUGUGAGGCGCUAGAUCUGCUAGAAGAAGAGUUGAGAGUUCGGUUAUCUUUCAAUUGGGUGCUCCCAACUAAACCGACUGUACGCAAAGUUGCCUUGGUAGGGGGGCGUCCCAUGUUUGAUCUACAGAGGGGAUCGUUCGGCCACCAAGGAACAUUUGAAGCAGCCCUAGCUUUGAGUAUUUUGAUAGAUGUCGUCGAUCGACCAGGGCAUUGGCUUGAAGGAGAAGCACAUUCUCACUUGAGAAAUGAUUUCGUGCCUGUUGACAUGACCAACGACGCGGAGCUUCCUUCAAGAAUAGCUGAGGCACUCAAAGGGAGAGGGAUCCAUGCUAUCGUUACGUUCUCCGAUGAAGUCGUAAUCGCAACAGCGAAAGCGGCGGAGUUAUUGGGUCUUCCAACUGAGCCGGCUCAAGAAAUUCUGCGCGCCCACAACAAAUACGAGACCCGCAAGUUACUGGACUCUAAUAAUACCCAGACACAGACGCUACAACUAGAUAGCGCAGCACAGCUGACCGACCCUUCUGUGGCCAAGAAGCUCGCAAAUAUGCAAUACCCGUUAGUUGUUAAGCCAUGCCGCGACGGAGCAUCCCGGGGCGUGAGGAAAGUCAACAGCUACACGAGUGCGUGCCAAGUUGUACAGCAACUAGAGAAAAGCGGUUUUUCGAAGUACGGAAUUCUCCUCGAAACAUAUAUUGAUGGACCAGAGGUGGAUGCCAAUUUUGUCCUUUGGGAUGGGGAGGUCCUCUUCUGCGAGAUAUCUGACGGAUUGCCGUGCCAGGCAGAUGCAACGGAUGCGACAACUUCAGAUAAUUUCGCUGAAACCAUCGUGUUACUACCAAGCAAACUGGAUCAGAAAGAAAUACAGCUUAUCCAGUCAUCUCUCCAUCAAAGCCUUCUCAAGCUAGGGUUCCGCUCUGGCGUCUUUCAUGUUGAAGCCCGGGUGCAAAACUCUUCGAUGCGCUAUAAAGAAACGGAUGGCAUCCUAGACCUUGCUGACGCUGCUGAUUCAGCAAUAACGGAGAGUAAGCCAGUAGAUGUGUUUCUGCUUGAAGUCAAUGUUAGGCCGCCUGGUCUGCAAUCUGUAUUUGCAACCACCUAUACAUAUGGUGUAGACUUCUAUGGACUUCAGUUUCUUCGGGCGCUCGAGGAUCGCGAACGUUCUAUGGCUCUGUCAAAACCUUUCACCUGCCACGCCCAGUACUGGUGCGCCAUUGUUAUGAUUCCUAUCCACCGCGAAAAUAUUAUAGUACCGGACGACCUUUGCGACAGAGUUAUUGAACAUCUUCCGGAAAUUACUCGGUAUUUAUCUCGAGCUGAACGUAUUACUUGUGCAAAGGUAGUAUCCCCUGUAGGAGGGACCGGGUUUAUAGGUUACUUCCUGCUGUACUCAAGAACCAGCCGAAGACAUUUGUUGGAAAUGAGUGAUCGUGUCAGAGUCAUUUCUCAAAAGAUUUUGGACAGUUAA